AUGUCUUCCUCAGCUGCGCAGAACAGGUGGAAGGGUAUGCUCCCGCGCAAGAUCGCGAAGGACGUGCUCACUGUACCCGGCGCGACGCCUGCGUCUACGGAUCUCGCGGAACGCCUGCUCGAGCAGGACCGCGAAGAGCAUCAUUGUUACUUUGGGCCCGUGCCUUUCCACAACCAUCUCAGCCACCAUAUUCUCGCUGCGUAUGACUUGGGCGCGCCGCCGGCGCUUCUGCAGACCAUCUACGAUGAUGAGGCGGCGGAGGUGUAUGAUAUCUAUACGAAGAACAUGAAGACGAGGGAGGUCGAGAAGCAGGAUGUGAAGAUCACGAAGGAUAACUGGGUGGACUACCUGGGCAAGCAUGCUUUCUACGCCAACUACCUCCAGUUCUUCUCGGAGCAAGUGAAGGAGAUGGGCCCAGAAGGGGCGUUCGAAGAGUACAUCUACUCCAAAGAAGCCAAUGCAAACGGCGCAUACAUGACCGAGCGCUUCGUCGCAGGAGCCAUCCACCCUCUCAUCCAAAUGGGCUACGCGCUCGAGUUCAACAGCGCAGCGAUGGUCCCACAAGCGCUCUCCAUGGCAGCCGUGCACACGCCCUUCUACCCCGAGCUGUUCCCAUGGAACGUGCCCAAUGAGCACUCGGAGGCACCCACGCACCCGCGCCCGCUUCUCGAGGUUCUGGGCGAAGCGUACAGCUCGGGUGCUAUGGACGCCGUCAUGCCCUACGACCCCGACAAGACUUUCGGCGAGCGCAUCAAGGACGCUCUCACCGAAGAGCGCCUCGUGAAGAUCCGGUCGCUCAUCCAGCUCUGGGUCCCAUCCGCCGGCGCGGCGCAACACGGCUUGCUCUCAGAGAACGCGCCCGACCUCGCGGCGGCGGAGCUGGUUGAGAAAGCCAAGGAGCUCUGCUUCGCUGCCACGGUCGCAUUCGCGGGUACAGGUCGCCAUGGGCUCAAGCCACGCCUCGACUUCUUCCUCAUGCACGUCCUGACCUCGUCGCUCUUCUUCCCGCCUCUGCUUGGCGCGCUGAAGCUCCCCGGCUCCAAAGCGCGCUUGCUAGCCUCGUACUUUGGCUCUCUGAUCGUGAUCCUGCUCGCGCGCGGAAGCCCCAAGUUCGACGCGGGGUUGCUCAUGUCGUAUAGCGCGACGCCGUCCCCGCCGAAGGGUAUCGCGCCGAAGCAUGAUAUGCCCGGAGCGCUGGGCGACCCGACAAGCCCGGACAACGUGGGCGCAUGGGCGACGAUGCUCCCGCACAUCCUUCCUGCGCGGGAUAGUCACACGGUCAAGGCAUUCCGCUCGCUCUACGUGUACGCGCAGCUCUACGGCGGGACACUCCCGGGUGAGGUGCGCGGCGCGAAAGCCAUUCCCGGUGGCGAGGCGCUCGACGGGUCGGUAUUCGUGAGGGCUGCUGGAGUAUUGCUGGAUGUGAUGGGUUGGGUUGGACCGGGCGGUGGCGAGCAGGAGGGUAACUGGGACCGAAGCGCGCUUGGUUGGGACGAGGCGUGGGCGGACGAGAAGAAGGAGCAGGAGCGAGCUGGUCUGGCGAAGGAGUCGUCCAAGCGGGACACAUGA